UCAUCAUCACCCCGUUCCCCACCAUUAACGUUACGGCAGUCACUUCCAUCAAAUUCCACAGUGCUUUCUGCGAUCAUUGCCUGCUAUUUUCCGGCGAUCCGAUCAACCUAAGGAGAUUGUUGAGGUGUCAAAAGAUGAGUCAGGUAUUUGAGGGAUAUGAGCGGCAAUACUGUGAGAUAUCUGCUAAUCUUUCGAAAAAGAUUACUGCAGCUAGUGUCCUUAAUGGAGAACAAAAGAAACAGAAAAUAUCCGAAGUUGCAGGAGGAUUAGAAGAUGCUGAUGCACUGGAGCUUGUCGGCAUGUGUGAAAGCGACGCUUCUUGUCAAGCUGAGAGAUCACAAAACAAAACAAAACAAAACAGAUUUGAACAAUUUAAAAUCAGAAGUGAAGAGGAUGACGUUGGGUAAUGCCAACCAAG